AUGAUCCAAGAGAAUGUGAAGGAGAAACUUCUCAAGCAGGAGUCCAAACAUACCAAGUUUUACAACCAAAACACCAAAGAACUUCUGCCUUUACAGACAGGUGAAGUCAUCCAAGUAGCCCCUAAACAAGGUGACAAGCAACAGAAAUGGUUUAAAGCACAAAUGGAAGACCAAGUUGACAUCCGUUCUUAUGAAGUUAGGGCAGGUGAGGGUAAGGUGUUGUGAAGAAACUGCCCACACCUCCACACAUCUAAGGAACCAUUUAGUCAGACUGCUAGUGCCAGUUCAGUUGUUCCAUCUCAGGUUAACAAGCCAAACACACCUCCUGCUAAGCUAAACCACCAAGGCCUCAUGCCAUAGGUCAACCAGCCCAGGAGAACUUUGUUGGUCAAACAAAGCAAACAGAACCUACAAUAGUUCCCCCAGAGCAGGAGCCACCACCAAGUCCAAACAAGCUAGCAGCAGUUGUGACCAGGAAUAGACAAGUCUCAAGAGUACCACAGUAUCUACAGGACUUUGUUUCAGUUAAAUAA